CGUCUGAAUGUGCUUCAUUGGAAUGCUGUCGAGCUCCCUCCUGCAAGCAGACACACGAGGGCGAAGAAUAAGAGUUUGAAUUCUGACGAAAGAUGAACUCUUUACAAGGAUUUAACAUCAAGAUGACACGUUUCAGGGACGCACAAGGUGACUGAUUAGGAGCACGUGGGUGUUCAGAAAUCCAGAGACAACCACCCUCAACGUCAUAUUUGUUACUCUACUCUUAUUCUGUGAUUCUACAUUAGUGUAAAACAGUAGAGUGAGGAAAACAGAAGGAAAUGCAAAAGACCACAAAAGAAGGACAGUGCCUCUUUGCUUUUUCAACAAAUAAGAUAAUCAAAUCAAUGGCAGGCUAAAGCAGAUAAUGAGUUUGUUGUAAUGAAUGGAAUGCCAUUCUUGUAAAUCAAGUCGCACAAACUGAGAAUCUACCAACAAUGCAGGGAAAGGAACAUGUCCCUCAUCCAUUUAUUUUAAUCAAAUGAUUCUAAGCUUGGAUUAACUCACAACUGGAGAGCUACACAGGACAGCUAUACAGUAAACAUGACUGACAACGUGAGCUCCAGAGUUGACACCCCAACCAACAUUUCCCUUAGCCCUAGUGUUGCCAUUUCCCAGUCCCUGGAGUACAAGACGGUGUCAGUGUUUUUGGUACUGCUUGUGUGUGGGGUCGGCAUUGUGGGAAACAUUAUGGUGGUUCUUGUUGUCCUGACUACACGCUACAUGAGGACACCUACCAACUGUUACCUGGUGAGCCUGGCUGUAGCUGACCUGACAGUAUUGGUAGCAGCUGGACUUCCCAACAUCUCAGACAGUCUCACAGGCACCUGGGUGUUUGGACACGCCGGUUGCCUGGGGAUCACCUACUUGCAAUACCUGGGCAUCAAUGUGUCAUCCUGCUCCAUCACCGCCUUCACUGUUGAAAGGUACAUUGCUAUAUGCCAUCCAAUGAAGGCUCAGACUGUGUGCACAGUGUCCAGGGCUAAGAAGAUUAUUACUGGGGUUUGGAUAUUCACCUGUGUGUACUGCAUCUUAUGGUUUUUCCUUGUGGAUAUUCAGGUGAGCCUGGAUGGACAUGUUCAGUGUGGGUACAAGGUGAAGCGGGAGCUCUACCUGCCCAUCUACCUCAUCGACUUUGCCAUUUUCUACGUCAUCCCAUUGCUUCUAGCUAUCGUCCUCUAUGGGCUGAUAGCGCGGAUUCUCUACCUUGGACCUCUGCCAAACCAACCAGACACCUGUACCACAUUGCGUCGAAGCUGUCGAGAAGUCUCAGAAGUCGAAACAAGGGCUCGCCCACGCCGUCCAAAGGGUGCCCUCUCCUCCAGGAAACAGGUGACAAAGAUGCUAGCAGUCGUGGUGAUCCUAUUUGCUCUGCUGUGGAUGCCAUACCGAUCAUUAGUUUUAAUCAACUCUUUUGUGUCCACACCCUAUCUCGAUGCCUGGUUUUUGUUGUUUUGUCGGACGUGCAUUUAUGCCAACAGUGCAAUCAACCCAGUCAUCUACAAUGCCAUGUCUCAGAAGUUCCGCUCAGCAUUUCGUGGGUUGUAUCACUGCAAGCAGCAAGAAGGAACACAGAGGAUAUUGUCAGCAAUUCCGGCAGGCUUCAGCACAGUCCGUGACCAACGUACCUCGCUGUCUAAUAUCAGCGGAACCAAUGAAGAAGUCAAAAGAGCCAUUCCAAAUACUAUAACAAAUGUUAACUCAAGAUGCAAACAAAAUGGUAAAGGUCAUCAAGAGGCGAAGAUAUUAAAUGGCAACAAAGAAGCCAAUUUUAGCAGAUCGGCUGCUUUUGCUGGUAGUUUAGAGGUGAGUUCGGUUGACACAUCUCUACUAAAUGAUAUAAAGGUGGAUCAUUCUCCAUCCAAAGAUGACGCAGAUCGUUUUCCAGACCCAUGUAUAGCAAAAAGUCAACUGGACAUUAUGUAAAUACACAAAUAUGUAAUGAUUUUUAUGAAUUUGGGCGAUUUCAUGUGCAAAACGAAAAAUAAAUGUGUAAGCGCUACUUAUUUUUAAAUAUUGUAGGGAAAUCUAAAAUGAAAGCAGUCUAUUUUAAGUAAUAGUAGUCUCUAGGGAUGAGCCGGAUGCUCGUUUUAGACGAGUGUCCGUUACGGAUAAUGCAUUUGUACAGAGUACGAGCCUCAAACGACUGCAGCUGGUCGUUAUCCGUGAUCGUGAUGAAAAAAAAUCCUCAUUGGGUAACUACUUAUGUAUUCACUCUUCACACUCUGUGAUUGGCCAGUCACACAGCGACCGCCCCUCCCUAGACAGCCAGAGAGAGGAGCCAUGCGUCUCACUCUUUCACACACAGACACAAAACAGACAGUGUGCUUGGCUCGACUCCAGCUCAUGUUCUCUAUUUUCUAUUUUGGUUUGUAUGAUAUUUAAAGUUAGUUGGUCGACUUGUUUCGUUACGUACGCGGUACAUGUGACAAGACGGAGCGUCGGUCGCUGCCAGUGUUUGGGGUUUUUUUCCGUCUGCUUGCUUCUAAUUUGGCUGGUGAUAUAAAGUCGGUUGGAAAACUCUGCUCGUAGUCCUGAACGCGGGGCUUUUGAGGAAACUACAGUGAACAAGGCUGACAGAUUGUUUCCCUGUUUGCCACCACUGGAUGUUUGCAUGAAUCACCGACUUCACACAGAUCAUUGAAAAAUAAUUAAAUAAUGAAGUCUUAAAGAUAACUUACACACAUACACAGGACACAAAUAGCUGAAUAAUAAACAAUAAAUAUAGCAACUUCUGAUCAAUUCAUGUCAAUUUCAGACAUUAAAAUAAUGUACUGAUUUAAGCCCCACCUAUUUCCAGUUAAACCACGCCCACUUCCGGUUUAUGCCACACCCACUCAGAGUACAGAUGCGGAUACGACCAUGGGUGAAAAGAUACAGAUACACAUAGUGGUGUACUCGCUCAUCCUUAGUAGUCUCCCCCUUAUAGUGCUAAGAUGUUUUUUCACACAUUAUUGUUUUUAUUUAGAUCUUAGAAUAUUUGAAGUGACAUAAGACUUUUUCCAGCGAAGUGCUGAUCUGCUCAGCAUAAUUUCUCUAGAUUUCAAAGAAUUACAAUAAAGUCACCCCUCGUUUAUCACGGUUAAUUGGUUCCAGGCCUGACAGCGAUAAAUGAAUUUCUGUGAUAAUGGAUGACAUAAUAAUACAUUUAAUAUUUUCAUAGGUAGAGCAUAGAAAACUGUUUACGAUGUUCAAAAUAUGGUUUUUAACAUUAUUAGAGCCCUGUAGACAUGAAAUAACGCCCAUGUAGUCACCUCUACACUCCUUUUACUUCUUGUUUACAAAAUGUUGCUCAACUCGAGACGGCCGCUAGCUAGCGAGCAAACCAGUUAGCGAAUUUAUUUCCUCUAAACUUAGGAAGCCAAAAACCUUUUACUCAGUUAUUUUCUGUGUUCUGCAUGGACUUUGUGAAUAAAUUCAUUGUCUAUGGUUAGAUCUGGAAAUAAUCAAAUCCUUUUUGAGUAAUGCACUUUUACUAGAUUUUUAUCUUUCACAAAUGUUAGACUUAAAUUGGAGCACAAGUUUAUGUAUUUGUUGUACGUUUUAUUGGUUUUGCUUUCUCCAAAAGAUUACCACAAGUGCUGUGAUAAUAUUGAGGUAGUUGGCAACAACAGAGCAACAGCAGGACGUUUUAUGUCUGUUUUACUUGAAUCAACAAUUGCUGUUACGAGGCGAUCAAGCCAGUGUGACUGGGGACCCGUGAGGGAUAUUAUCACAGUGAACUAUAAAUUACACAUAGUAAAACAGUCAAUACAUCCCUGUGGGGUUUUCAUCAUGUUUAAAACAAAACCAACAUCGAAAGACAUGUUGUUGUUUUUUAAAAUCCCUGCUGCUAAAGGCUGACAAAAUCAACUGUCACCAGUUGUUGGGAUGGGGGUUCUAAAGCCUGGCCCAGCCGAGUGGUACCCAGUGAAGGUUACAGUUUUGUCCUGUGCGAAAACUUUGUAUUGCAAACACUUGAGCUACCAAGACUGCAUAAAAUUGUGUCAAAUAUCUGUGAAUGAUCUUAAAUUGUUGGGUAUGUUUUUGCAUGAUAAUAGUCAAUAUAAUCACUUGCCAAAACUUUUGACUGCAGUUUAGCAAUCCUUAUGAAGUUGUGACAUCAAGUUCACAGGAGCAGAAAUGUUUAAAUGUGUCAAAACAAUCUAAGCAGUAUUUUAGUACUAAAAGUAAAGUUAAAAAAAAAAAAAAUGUUCUUUUUUGACUGUACUUUGACUGACUGUUGAUAUUGUACUAUUACACCUGUGAGUGUCAUAUGGCUGAUAGAACGAAAUGUGUGUUUGCCGAAAAAAGCGACGUGAUGCUUUUGUACAGCAAUGACGUAUUAAUGGUCAUGUUAAAUGUAAAAAAAAAAGUAAAACUGCUAAUUGCUGACGUUUGAUUGUAACUUUGUCUAGCUGCUACUUUUUUCUGUUGACUGUCUACUGAUGUUUGGCAUGCAGUUAUUGUAUUUCACAAAUGUAUUUUUUGACAGUUGGUCACUGCUUUGCAAGUUUUGAUUGAGUUUCAGCCUUUUUUUGUCAAACUACUGACCGUUAAAAUUAAGUAAUUUGAAGGAAAGUGGAAAAAAAUGUUUCGAAUAUGAAACGUUGACAUUUUUGACAUCAGAUUUGCAGAAUGAAAUGUAAUGAAAUGACAUCCCCAAUACUGCAGUCAGUACAUGCUGUGAAUGUUUUAUAGUUAGUGGAAUAUAUACCGUUUUAUUCCUACUUUUUGUAGUUUGAAGUGUUAUUUUCAUGGUGUGAAUGUCAAUGUCAUAAGAGAUGAUAUUUACGAAGAAAAUUAGUUUAAGAUCUGUUAUUACUCAGCCCUGGAAAGCUGCUUUGUUGUACCGUGCUUUCAGAAUAUGAUCAUAUAUUUCGAUGUUUGGGUUUUAAAUUUUCUUUUUUUUUUUUUUAUCUUUGAGUUCUUGAUUGUUGUUUGGUUCUUGGUUCUCUCCUGGUGUCUGUAAAGUACAGUGACUUAUUUUUUAUCAUGAAAUAAUCAUGAGUGUCAAUAAA